AUGCACGACACGGCGGUGCUGGGCUCCCACGCCAGGAAGGUCAACGUCACCCGGCUGCUGACGGAGCAGCGGCUGGAGGCGCAGCUCCUGGCUGAGGGCCGGGUGCCACAGCCCAACUCAGCCGCCUACAAGCAGAUGUUGAACGCGCUCUCCACGGACGAGGCUCAGGAGCUCGGCCGCGCCGGCCUCCGGCAAUCACUCACGCUGUGCGGCUGCAGCGGCUUCCGGGACAACAGCACCGGUAACGUGACACAGAGAGCGGACAGGAGCCCGCAUCCAGCGGUCCACCUGCCGUACUGCGAGCCGGAGCCUGUCCCACACUGCCAGAGGAGCAGGCCGUUCCGCACCAGCGACGGAGAGUGUAACAACCUGAUGCACCCGCGCUGGGGUCGCGCUCUGACCGGACUCGGUCGCCUGCUGCCCAACACGUACGACGACGGCCUGUUCCGGAGCGCCGAGUCGGACGCGGCGUCCGCUGCCCUGGUGGCGUUCGGCCAGUUCCUCGCGCACGACACCAUACAAACGCCUGUGUACCGGAUCAACGCGCACACGGGGCUGCAGUGCUGCGGCGCCGACGGCAGCGCGCCGCCCACUCCGCCGGUGCACCCGCAGUGCUUCCCGAUCGAGGUGGCGGCCGACGACCCGUUCUACGGCACGCUGGGGCGCCGCUGCCUCAACCUGGUGCGCUCGCUGGAGGGCUUCUCCACCUUCUACGACGUACGAGGUCAGCGCCGAGCCGAGCUGUCCGUCGAGUUCACCACGGCCGCCUUCCGCCACGGCCACUCGCAGCGUGUGGACGGCAACUCGGAGCGCGCCGUGUUCGGCGACCUCUUCCGCAGCCAGCAGCCGUCCGGCCUGGACCUGCCGGCCCUGAACGUGCAGCGCGGACCACGGCCUCGCCCGUACGUGGACGCGGUGGCGCUGUGCCUGGGCCUGCGGCUGACCACCUGGUACAGCCUGCGGCAGCUGAUCCCGGAGGAGGACGUGACGCGCCUGCGCACGGUCUACAGCAGUCCGCGGGACGUCGACCUCUACAUCGGCGGCUCCUGGAGCGCCACGCGACCGCGCGCAGGUCGGUCCCACGUUCCAGUGCAUCAUCGGGCGACGCCUUCUUCCGCCUGCGCUUCGGCGACCGGUUUUUUCUACGACAACGGCGAGCUGGUGCACAGCUUCUCGCCCGUGCAGCUGCGCGAGGUGGUGCGCCACACGAGCCUGGGCGACCUGAGCGUUGUUCUGAGCGAUGUGUUCGCCUGUCGUGCCGGAGUCGACCUGAGCGUGUUCUGA